AUCCCAUUUUCCUGUCUAAAUCUGGGAAUGAAUCUACCACAGACUAUGCCAGAGAUGAAGAGCCAGAUCACUGAUGAGGUGGUUCCCUGGAAUCAGCUUUCUCUUGAAAAUGUCACUAUGGUCACUGAAUUCCUGUUGCUGGGCUUUUCCAACCUUCAGGAAAUGCAAUUUGUUCUCUUUGUCGUCUUUCUGUGCCUUUAUCUGGUCAUCCUGGGUGGAAACAUCACCAUUAUCACCACAGUCCACCUAGAGCACAGCCUCCACACUCCUAUGUACUUCUUCUUGGGUGUCCUUUCUGUCUCUGAGACCUGCUACACCUUUGCCAUCCUACCCAAGAUGCUCCUCAACCUCCUCUCCGUGCUCAGGACAAUAUCCUUCACCCGCUGUGCCACCCAAAUGUUCUUCUUUCUUGGCUUUGCUAUCACCAACUGCCUGUUGUUGGGUGUGAUGGGUUAUGACCGCUACACAGCCAUCUGUCACCCUCUGCGCUACCCAGUCCUCAUGAGCUGGUGGAUAUGCAAGUUGAUGGCAGCCACUUGUGGUGUGAGUGGCUUUCUGGUUUCCAUGGUGGGUACCUUUUUGGUCUUUAGUCUACCCUUCUGCAACUCCAACAGAGUCAAUCACUAUUUCUGUGACGUUGCGCCUGUCAUUCAUCUUGCCUGUGGAGACACCUAUAUGAAUGAACUGAUCAUAUUUAUUGGUGGAGUUGUCAUACUCAUGGUCCCCUUGGCUUUUAUUUGUAUCAGCUAUGGCUUCAUCGUCAGAACUAUCCUGAGGAUCCCGUCCACUGAAGGGAAGAGGAAAGCCUUUUCCACCUGCGCUUCCCAUCUCACGGUGGUGAUAGUCCACUAUGGAUGUGCUUCUUCUGUCUACUUGAGACCCUCUUCCAGACACAUAUCUGACAGGGACAAACUAGUGACAGUGACUUAUACCAUUGUCACUCCCUUGUUGAAUCCUAUGGUUUAUAGUCUCAGGAACAGGGAUGUCCAGUUGGCUAUUCGGAAAGUAAUGCGCUGGAGAGGGUUUUCUCCUAAAAAUAUAUAA